AUGCUUCGCAGCCACGUGGCCGCGUGCCUCAGCUUUCCGUUCCGUAACUUCCGCGUUCCCUCGUUUUCCGUAGUAGCGUCCGUCUCGCACACGGUGCUGUCUCACGCGUCGCUGUCGCACACGUUGCUGUCGCUCCGUCCCAGCCCACCACAUUCCCUCCUUUAUUCGACGCUAGUUCCCCAAAUCUCCUCCGCCAUGCUGUGUCAUCGCCAGGCGAGCGCACUCUGCGCCGCGGACCCGCAAAUCCGCCCCCUUUCCCGCGAUUCCGCGCGCAGAGCCCCUCACCGCCUGCGCAUCACCGCAACGGCGCAGAUUCCCGGGUCGAGGAACGAGCGCGCGCUAAAUAGCACUGCCGAUUCCGCAACUCCCUUCCCCGCGCAUAGCCCAAACGGCAGCGCCGCGCUUGAAAGCGCUUCCGCUGCUAGUGCUUCCGCCGAUUCAUCCCCGCCGAAUGGCUCCGCGCGUCCCCUUACAAACGGGUCCACGACCAACGGCAGCGCGCGAGGCACGCGGGGGGGAAACGGGGAGGGGGAGGCGGAGAGGGAGCGGGCGGCGAUGCGCGCAGCGAUGCGGGAGCGGACGAGGGCGGUGCGCGCGAGGUACGCGCGCGUGAAGGACGUGCGGAAGGAGUACGUUCCCCCGGACGUGUUCGAUUACCUGCGCGCCGUGCAAGAAGUCAUUCAGGGGGAUCAAGGCAGCGAAUCCCGCGCGAACAGCACUGCAUCCGCUGCGCCUUUCCCCCUGCCCUUUCCCCCGCACCCGCUGCCCCUCCCUCAGCUUCCCCUGCCCGUCCCCCUGCCGCCGCUCCCCCUGCCCGUCCCCCCGUUCCUGGAAUCGCUUUUUCCCGGAUCCGCGGAUGCGGGCGUUGAUAGCAGCGCAGGCGCGGGGAGCGGAGAGCGCGGGGCGGAGAAGGCGGAGAGCGGGCCUCCGCGGUUCCUGUGCCCCGCGGAUGCCGUUCCGCCCAGCGACGAGGGGCUGCUUCCGCGGCUCUUCUUCCUUCCAGGUGGGGCAACGCGGAGCGCGAGGGGCGCGGGUAUCGAGGGCACGGGGUUUGGCCUGCAGCUGCACCACAAGACACUCGCCAGGUUGUUUGAGGUGACCUGUCUGCACGUGCCUCUGUCCGACCGCACUAGCUUCAAAGGCCUAGUUGACCUGGUGGAGGAGGAGGUGGUCAGGGAGCACCAGCUGAACCCCUCGCGCGCGCUCUUCAUUCUGGGGGAGUCCUUUGGCGCCCUGCUCGCCCUCGCUGUGUCUGCCCGGAACCCCAAGCUGCCCAUCACACUCGUGCUCGUUAACCCUGCAACCAGCUUCCCGCGCUCACCACUGCACCCGUUGAUCCCAGUGCUGCGCUCCAUCCCUCCGGACGUCUACCGCGUCUUCCCCUACCUCCUCAGCUUCACCAUGGGCAACCCUAUACGCAUGGCGUCAGGGCGAGUGCCCCUGGAUGCCUCGCCUCUCGACCGCCUGCUGCAGCUGAGGCAGAACCUACUCGACCUGCUGCCCAUCCUGCCCCUCGUGGCAGAUAUUCUCCCUCAGGCAACGCUCGAGUGGAAGCUGGACCUGCUGGAGGAGGGCAGUGCGGCCGUGGAGCCAGUACUCAAAGACAUCAAGCACACCACGCUCAUUGUUGCCGGCGGAGAGGACCAGAUGUUGCCGAGUGAGGAGGAGGCGAAGAGAAUCCACAAGGACAUGGCGGCUUGCACCACAAUAGUCAAGCAGUGCCCCAACUCGGGCCACACGCUGCUGCUGGAAGCAGACAUUGAUCUAGCGAGCAUCAUAAAGGGCGCAGGGGUCUACAGGCGCAGCAGCAGCAGGCGGGAGGACCCGCAAGUGGACGGCUUCGUGCUGCCCACGGUGGAGGAGUUUGCGCGCAGCAAGGGCGGCAUGGACAGCUCGAUUCGUCUCAUGUGCUCGCCCGUGUUCCUGUCCACCGUGGUGGACGAUGAGCGACACACCACCCACCUCAGCAGAGUGCUCAGACACUCCUCCGCUUCCUCCUCCGCCUCCUCGUCUGCGCGCAUAGUGCUGGGUCUAGAGGGCAUACCAACGGGCGAGCGCCCGCUGCUCUUCGUGGGCAACCACCAGACAUACGCGCCGGACCUCUCUCCGCUGAUUGCUGAGCUGCUCGCACACGGAGUGCCACUAAGAGGACUCACACACCCCGUUGCGCUCGGCAUGUUCCCCGGCUCCAUAGAGCACAACCCCAUGGCAGAGGAGUUCCGCCUCUUCGGAGCAGUCCCGGUGACCCCCAGGGUGUUGCACCGCCUGAUGGCAACAGAUCAAGCUGCGCUGCUGUUCCCAGGGGGCAUGCGGGAGGCGCUGAGGAAACGGGGCGAGGAGUACAAGCUCUUCUGGCCACACCGUGCUGAGUUUGUGCGCAUGGCGGUCAAGUUCGGAGCAGUGAUCAUCCCCUUUGCUUCAGUGGGCGUGGACGAUGCUUACAAUUUUGUGUUGGAUGCGGACGAGCUACCCAAUGUGCCGGUGUACGGGGAGCAGAUCAAGCAGUUUAUGGACUACGUGCCCAAAGUCAGGGAGGACGAAAUAGCAGGGCCAGCAGUGGAGCGAUUCCUGGCGCCAGUGGUGCUGCCAAAGAAGAUCAACCGCCUCUACAUCAAGUUCGGGGCACCCAUCCGCACUGCUGGCAUGCGGGAAGUGCUCACGGACCAGCAGGCAGCAGCAGCACUGUACGCGCAUGUGAAGGGGGAAGUGGAGGCAGGGAUAGAGUACCUGCUGAGGAAGCGAGAGGAGGACCCGUAUGCUGACCUUGGGACGAGACUGGUGUAUGAAGCCUCGUGGGGGGGCGAGAGGCAAGCACCCACCUUCAAGCCUUGA